AUGACGCUCCACCGGGCCUCGCCUGCCCGCUGUGGGAAGGGCGGCGAGUGGCCGGCCGGUCCGGGCCUCCCCCCCGGGCCUGUCCCCCGAGCCGCCGGGCCGCGCCCCCGCGCUGCCGUCCGCCCUCACGCCGUUGCCGUGGCACCCGCCAAUGCCGGCCGCCCGCCUGGCCCCUCACCCACUCACGGAGGCCGCCGCGCUUCCUGGCCGACGGGGCUGCGCCGGAAACGUCGGAGGUGCCGGGCGGUGACGUCACGGCCGCGGGGUGCGGGCGGUGACGUCGCGGCGGCGGGGGAUGAGUCACGGUGCCGUGAUGCAGUCCCCGGGCACGCAGGGCCCCCCCCUCGGCUGCCCGGUGCCCCCGCCUGGCGCCCGCCCCGUGGACAGCGGCAGCGGCGGCAGCGGCAGCGAGGACAGCGGCGGGUGGCCGCCCCCCUUUUCCGCCUCCUUCUCACCUGGGGGGGCCCGGGGCCACGGCGCCCCCCCGACCUUGUCGCGGGAGGAACGACGGCUCUCGGCGCUCUGCUGCGCUGCUUCCCCUGCGAGCGGCUCUGCGGGGGGUGCACGGUGCCCCCCGCCCCCCCGCGCCCCCCCGGGGCCCUGCCCCCCGCCAUGCCCCCCGCCCGCCGCCGCCUGCCCCCCGCCGCCCACCUGCCCCCCAGGACCUUCCACAGCUACCUGCCGCGCUCCCAGCGCACCUACAGCUGCGUGCACUGCCGCGCCCACCUGGCCCGCCACGAGGAGCUCAUCUCCAAGUCCUUCCAGGGCAGCCAUGGCCGCGCCUACCUGUUCAAUUCGGUGGUGAAUGUGGGCUGUGGCCCGGCGGAGCAGCGGCUGCUGCUGACAGGGCUGCACUCGGUGGCCGACAUCUUCUGCCAGAGCUGCAAGACCACCCUGGGCUGGAAAUACGAGCAGGCCUUCGAGAGCAGCCAGAAGUACAAGGAGGGGAAGUUCAUCAUCGAGAUGUCGCACAUGGUGAAGGAGAACGGCUGGGACUGAAGGGCCGGGGGGGGGGGGCACGGCAGGGGCACCCCCACCCAGCAGCACCCCUGCCCUGGUGGGCACCAUCACUGGGGUGCUGCCAGUGGGUACCCCCCGCCUCUGCGCCUUCCCUGGUGCCCCAGGGUGCCCGGUGCCAGUCGGUGCCCCCCGGGGGGGUGUGCUGCCCCCUGGGGGGGCACGGUGCCAUCACCAGCACGCAGGGGCUGUGGGGGCUUUUCUAGGGCAAUAAAGGCUUUUGUUUUGUA